AUGCCCAACAUCAGGCAGAUUAAGACCUGCAGUCGAUGCCGCCUCCUCAAGCUUCGCUGCGACAGAACCAAACCCGCAUGUGAAAGAUGCGUUCAGGCCGAGGCCAGCUGCUCAUUUCUCCGCGACCACUCGUCACAACCAGCUGCAAAAGCAGAGCGUCUCACACAUGGGGAUCCUACGCGCUCAAGCUCGGAGCAAUCAUCAUCUCCAAGCGAUGAAUCUGCACCCGCAUCUGAUAUCGCCAGCGCUCAGGAAAUCCUUAAAACAGUGAAGAGAAGGAAGCGCGCGCAUCUCUCUUGCACGCGAUGCCAUCGACUCAAAGUCCGCUGCGACAAGAAGCUGCCGUGCUCGCGAUGUCGUAGCUCUGGCUGGGGUCAACAAUGCACAUAUACGCAUAGAGUUGAAAGCGAUCCAUCAGCUAGCGACGCGAGCCAAGAUGCCCUAUGCGCCGCGGCGCAUGAAGAUCCCAAACACAUUUACACAUCGUGGCAUACACGACGUCGUGGCGCGACUCACUGGAAAACACUUGUGUCACGGGUCGAGGCUUCAGCGCUCAAUCUUGGGCAUGUGUUUGUACACGGUAACAACCUGACAGUGCUUCAUGCUGACUGUCAUACCGACAUUGCCCUUCCCUGCAAUUUCCCUUUCAACAGUCCCGGUGCGAUGAAAUAUUCCUCUCUGGACAAAGUCUAUAGCCUCAUCCACAGCCAUUCAGAACACUGCAAAUCUUUUGUUGAUGGCUAUCUUGGCCUGUACCAGCCCGUGCAUCCCAUCAUCGAUCCUGCUCUCUUCGCUGAUCAGGCCAACGGUUUCUGGGACGACCCGACGCAGGUUGAUGUCUCUUGGUUAUCGUUAUAUCUCAUGGUAUUGGCGCUCGGCAGCUUCACAGUGACCCAAGAUGCAAAGCUUAUGGUUGAGCUUUGCCUGGCGGCUGAAGCUUGUCUUUCCAAAACGGCAUUCUUGGUCCGGCCAAGCAUGUCGGUGAUGCGGACCUUGUGUCUCAUUGUCGUCGUGAAACAGCUCUCCAACGGCACAUGUUGGUCGUAUGACGCAAGCUGGACACUGUUGGGUAUGAUUGUUCGUCUAGCUGUUUGCAUAGGCCUUCACAAGCCGCCGACUUCAACUCCUGUCGAGGUGAACGCGGUGACUUACUCUGAAUGGCAGUCUGGCCGUAUCUUGUGGGUAACAAUAGUCUAUUUUUGCAUACAAACAGCAGCAGUUACCGGUAUGCCAACUCUCCUCUCCUCGGAUGAUAUAUUGGAGGGACCAGAUGUACAGGAUGCUUCGUUACCCCAUGUCGAGGGAGUUGGUCCGUGGCUAUCGUUAUACGAUGCGUUUCCAACAAUAUGCAAGAUAAUCGCGAGAGUAAAUUCCGGCACAAAAGUACCAUACGAGGAAAUACUGGGUUACAAUGCAACCAUGAGACGGCUGAUGGCUGCCUCUAUGGAUCACCCCGAGUGCAACGACUCUUUACGUGCCAUCCUGGACAUCUUCUUUCGCCGUGUCUUGAUGGUACUCCAUCGCUGCCAUGCUCUAACCCCUGAUGCUCCAAUAAGAUAUCCCGUCUCUUACUGGGCUUCUCUCGAGUGCAGUCUAGCCAUCCUAGUUCAUCAUCGAGAUCUCUGCGAGCACCGUGGUGAUUCCGUCUAUCAGGAUCUAUUAGGCCGUUUAUACAAACUCGACUAUUUCGCCGCGGCGCUGACAGCUAGUCUUUAUUUAUUACAGAGAGAUGCGCCACUCGCACAGGGAUUCGCUAUACCGCCUCGACAGACGAUCCGCGAGACGUUGGAGACGUGCACCGAGAUAUGGGGCAGAGACAAGGAUAAGUCCAUUUGCUUUCGUUCUGGUUACAGGACAAUGACACAUAUUCUCGCCAUGCUGUCAGAGAUGGAUGGCAUGACUGAUCACGACUUUCGCACUCAUCAAUAG